AUGCCGCUCACUCUGACACUGAACCCCCUUCUUUAUUUCAUCCCAUAUUGCCGCAUCCCGCCCGCAGGAAUGCCAGCAGGAGUCAAAGGGCUCCCCUCUUCUCGAACCGAGCAUGUGGCGAGUAGCCUGGGGCUGUCAGCUUUUCUCACCCAAGAGCCCGAAAUCUUUGAUCCAACCGACCAACCAGCCAACCAGAUGCACCCAUCGUUCAAAAAGUCGGCGAUUCCCGUCGCCAUUUCCACUGCUCCCCUCCUCUUCACAGAAAGAAGUAAUUUGUGUCUUGCGACGUUUGGAUCCCCUCCCAUCGGCACUCUCGGAAGGGCCCGAAGUCCCAACAUCCGCCUACACGCGGGGGCCGACGGCGGCGUGGCUUAUGUAAGAACCCAUGGUUGGCUGGAAAAGCCAACAAAUGAACACAGGCGUCGAAUGAAAACGCCGCAAACUGGAUACGGGCUCGGAGAUGCUGGUCUGAGCCUCAGGGCCUUGAUCUCCAACCCCACGCCACAACACAGCCAUGUAAUCGGGAGGCCCAUGCUCAUGCUCGGACUGUACCAACUCCACGCGCUCGACAUAUGGACAGGAGUCCUCCGACAGCGCGAAAUACAACCGCAUGCUAAGCGCGUCGCCUACCUCUUGAGCCCGACCAAGGCUGUUGAGGCGAACUUGUCCUACCGAGGACCGUCGCCCUGUUUGCCCGACAUGGACGUACACUAAUGGUGUCCUCAAGUUUAGCAGAAGUUUAGCAGAAGUGUAGAAGUAAUCUUCGAGCACGAGAGACGAAGGGUAUGGAGAUAUCAAUUCAGGAAAAAGUGGUUGACGAGUGGUUUCCUUCGGAACGGGGUUUUCAAAGGCCAGAGUGGUGAUUCCAGACGGACUGGAAUCGAAGAAGAAACCAGAUGACUGCGCGUCUAGUAAGGUAUAUAAGCAGGGAGGCGCUGAGGGUCUAAUAUGUGUCCCUGCGAUAAUCACUCGAUCCUGUCUUGUUGUGAACUGGUAGUCUAAGUCAGUUGAAGUUCAUCUCCGCUG